AUGGCAGAAAUUGAGAAAAGAAUUGAAACCCAUAGAAUAAGAUGUCUUUCCAAGUUGAAGAUGUUUCUUCUGGCAAUAACAUGUGCAUUUGUGUCCAAAACACUCUCUGGAUCUUAUAUGAAUUCCAUGCUCACACAAAUAGAGAGACAAUUCAACAUCCCUACAUCUCUAGUCGGAUUUAUUAAUGGGAGCUUUGAGAUUGGAAAUCUUUUGUUGAUUAUAUUUGUGAGUUAUUUUGGAACCAAAUUACAUAGACCUAUACUGAUUGGUGUCGGAUGUGUGGUUAUGGGCCUAGGGUGUUUCUUGCAAUCUCUACCUCAUUUCCUCAUGGACCGAUAUGAAUAUGAAUCUACAGUUUCAGUUUCAGGCAAUUUGUCCUCAAACAGUUUCUUGUGUAUGGAAAAUGGAACCCAGAUUUUCAGACCAACAGAAGAUCCAUCAGACUGUGUGAAAGAAGUGAAAUCAUUAAUGUGGGUGUAUGUACUAGUAGGAAAUAUCAUACGUGGAAUUGGCGAAACUCCCAUCAUGCCUUUGGGUAUUUCCUACAUAGAAGAUUUUGCCAAAUCUGAAAACUCUCCUUUAUAUAUUGGGUUUGUAGAAACAGGAGCUAUCAUUGGUCCUUUGAUUGGACUUUUGUUAGCAUCAUUCUAUGCAAAUGUUUAUGUUGACACUGGAUCUGUGAACACAGAUGAUCUGACCAUAACUCCCACUGAUACUCGUUGGGUUGGUGCAUGGUGGUUUGGCUUUUUGAUUUGUGCAGGAGUGAAUGUGCUCACUGCCGUUCCUUUUUUCUUUCUGCCCAAAACGCUUCCAAAGGAAGGACUAAAGAAUAAUGAAGACAUCAUUAAAAAUGAGAAAGAAGAGAAACAAAGCAAAAAAGUCAAGAAGGAAAAGGAUGGAAUCACUAAAGAUUUUUUACCAUUCAUGAAAAGUCUUUUAUGCAACCCAAUUUAUAUGCUUUUCAUACUAAUUAGCAUUGUACAGUUCAAUGCAUUUGUUAAUAUGUUCACCUUCAUGCCUAAAUAUCUGGAACAGCAAUAUGGAAAAUCAUCUUCAGAUGCAAUCUUUCUAAUUGGCAUUUAUAACUUACCUCCAAUAUGCAUUGGAUAUAUAGCUGGUGGUUUAAUUAUGAAGAAGUUCAAGAUUACUGUCAAACAAGCUGCCCACAUAGGAUGUUGGUUAUCUUUAAUUGAGUAUCUUCUCCAUUUUUUGUGUUUUCUCAUGAUCUGUGAUAAUUCUUCAGUUGCUGGCAUAACCACCACUUAUAAAGGAAUGCAACAAGAUUUAUAUGUGGGAAAUACCAUCCUUGCUGAUUGUAACAGGGAUUGCAACUGUCCAACUAAAACAUGGGACCCUGUGUGUGGAAACAAUGGUGUGUCAUAUAUGUCAGCUUGUCUUGCUGGUUGUGAGACAUCUGUUGGAGCAGGAAUAAAUAUGGUAUUCCAAAAUUGUAGCUGCAUUCAAACGUCAGGAAAUUCAUCUGCAGUUCUUGGACUGUGUGACAAAGGACAUGACUGUUCCAUGAUGCUUCAGUACUUUUUAAUCUUGUCAGCAGUUGGCAGUUUUAUUUAUUCUUUAUCUGCCAUACCUGGAUAUAUGGUUCUCCUAAGGUGCAUCAAGCCUGAAGAGAAGUCUCUUGGUGUGGGGUUACAUACAUUUUGCACAAGAGUAUUUGCUGGAAUUCCUGCACCUAUAUAUUUUGGAGCUUUAGUGGAUUCCACAUGUUUACACUGGGGAAUUUUGAAAUGUGGUGAGUCAGGGGCAUGCAGGAUAUAUGAUUCUACCAACUUCAGAUACAUCUAUCUUGGCUUGCCAUCAGCUCUAAGAGGAAUAAGCUAUAUUCCAGCCUUUUUAAUCCUAAUUAUUUUGAAGAAACGUCGUCUACCUGGUGAAAAUGUCUCUUCAGGAACUGUGCUUAUAGAGGCAAAAGUUGCAGGGAAGGAAAAUGAGUGCAAAGAUAUGCACCAAAAUUCCAAAGUCUUGAAUGAUGAUGAAUUGAAAACUAAACUGUGAUGCCCUAUUAUAUCAUGUUUCCCAGAGUUGGAGAAUUCACUACAACUUAAUUGUUUUUAAAAUCAAUAGGGAUACAGAGGGUAACUUUUUCUUAUCUUUAUGAACCUCAAGUUUUGGUGUCUUUUGUUGUUGUUGAUGUUGUUGUUGUUUUUGCUCAAG